AUUUUGAAUAAGGUCACCACCCGGAGUUCCGUGGGAGAAAAACUUGGUGAGGAGAUGCCCUUCCCCGCUACGCGGGACGGGAAGGAUGCAACCUGCUGGAGGAACGCGUGUAACGCGGCGGUAAUCGCGCUGCACCACCCUAGCACUUAAUAAUUGCCUGUUAAAUGGAUGAGUGAAUUAAUUUCUAUAGUGUUACAAUACUUUCACACCCAUCGUCUGACUCCUUCCGACAGCACAGCGAGGCGGGCACGGAUCAUUCCCAUUUUGCAGAUUACUGGUGUUGCCUCAAGUGACCACUUGUGUCAGAAACACUUGGAAAAUUGACUGACAUGCAGAUCCGUGGGCCACUCUCCAGCCCCACUGAAUCAGAUACUUUGAGGUGGGUGUCAUGUGUUUUUUUUUUUACAAGCCCCCAGGUGAUUCUCAAACACAGUACUGUGGAGAACCAUCGUCCAAACCAGUCUUGAUGCUGCCCCCAGUGCUGUCUUGAAACACUAAGUCUGGCCCUGUCACCCCUGCUUAGAACAACUCAGGAGGCCCCCUGCCUGAAGAAAUUGAUAGUAACGAGCCAUUGCAGUCGGGAUCUGGCAGCAGAGGCUGUGUGUGGUCGGAGAAAUGCUUGAGAGGAUAACAUCCGAUUUAGGAGUGGACAGGGUAGAAGCAAAUCAAGAGUGGUAGAUGCUGUGCCAAGGAAAGUAAGGGAUCCUAGGUUCGAAUCCUGUGUCUGUUCGCAAUUCGCUCCGCGACCUCAAACAAACGACCUCAGUUUCAUCUAUAAAAAGCUGGUAACCAUCGUCAGUUGCCAGGCCAUGAAGAGAGUCAACGGAAAUAAGUUUUUAUUCUAGGGCACCCGCUCUCUCUCAGGUAAAAGCCGCGCCCCAAUCAGGUACUGCCGCGCCAGGGCCGCGGGACAUCUCGGGAUUUGUGGUCCACCCGGCGGAACUCGCGGUCCCGGCAGGCACCGCGGCGGCGGCAGGGCGACGUGGCGCGGCCGGCUGCGGCUGCGCAGGCAGGUGGAGCAAGAUGGCUGUGGAGCUGGGCGUGCUGGUCGUCCGGCCCCGGCCCGGAACCGGGCUGGGUAGAGUGAUGCGGACCCUCCUGCUGCUGCUGUGGCUGGCGACGCGCGGAAGCGCGCUCUACUUUCACAUCGGAGAGACGGAGAAGAAGUGCUUUAUUGAGGAGAUCCCAGACGAGACCAUGGUCAUAGGAAACUACCGGACGCAGCUGUAUGACAAGCAGCGGGAGGAGUACCAGCCGGCCACCCCGGGGCUUGGCAUGUUUGUGGAGGUGAAGGACCCAGAGGACAAGGUCAUCCUGGCCCGGCAGUAUGGCUCCGAGGGCAGGUUCACUUUCACCUCCCAUACCCCUGGCGAGCACCAGAUCUGUCUUCACUCCAAUUCCACCAAGUUCUCCCUCUUUGCUGGAGGCAUGCUGAGAGUUCACCUGGACAUCCAGGUAGGUGAACAUGCCAACGACUAUGCAGAAAUUGCUGCUAAAGACAAGUUGAGUGAGUUGCAGCUACGAGUGCGACAGCUGGUGGAACAAGUGGAGCAGAUCCAGAAAGAGCAGAACUACCAGCGGUGGCGAGAGGAGCGCUUCCGGCAGACCAGUGAGAGCACCAACCAGCGGGUGCUGUGGUGGUCCAUUCUGCAGACCCUCAUCCUCGUGGCCAUCGGUGUAUGGCAGAUGCGGCACCUCAAGAGCUUCUUUGAAGCCAAGAAGCUUGUGUAGCUGUCCCAGGUGUCACAACCCAUCCUCCCAGGCUGGGGGAGAAAGGACCUCCUGGAACUGACUUCUUCUGUCAGGAGGACUGGUUUCCAGCCACACCUGUUCUGGAAGGGAGAGGGGCUGGAGGCACCCACAGGCACAAGCUGAAGGCAGCAGCUUGGCUAAUACUGAGCAGGUGGUGGGGCAAAUUCCUGCCCUGUCUCUCUGGCCUCUGAGCCCUUUGGCAGUAAUCACCCAGGGGCUGGUAAAGCCCCUCCUCUUGGCACCUCAGAAUCACAGUGUUACUGAUCAGGGAUGUGAGGCUGCUGUUGGGGGUUGGGGGAGGGGAAUGGGCAGGCAAGCCAGUCUUCUGUCUUCCUUUGCUAACUUAGGGUUUUAAGCAAGUUGGGGUAUGGUGCCUGUCAUACCCACCUGCCACCCUGGGAACCUCACUGUUCUCUCUUUCAGCCUAGACCUGCUGAUCCAGGGUGUGUGUGAGUUGAGGGUGGGUGGAGGGGUUUGCAGUAUGGGAAUGUGGCCCUGCGGUUGACCUGAGCUGCUUCACAUGGUUGUCCAUUCUGGGGCUUAAAGAACUGGGACCAGGCCAAGUAGAGGCCUUGGUGCUGGUUGGGGUGGGGCCUACAGAGUCUUAGUUACUGAUUUCAUUUUCAAUAAAUUUAGGUUUGUUACAUGAGUUUCCCAAUUAAAAAAAAACGACUUCUUGUCCA